CCGCUUGAUCGGGUCCGCGCGAGGUGCCGGUGCACGGGGGUCCAGUCGGCAUGAUAGAUGGGGCAAGGGCAAAGGAGGCCUUUAAGAUUCCGGCAGACGGAGAACGCAGCCAGGGUGCUGGAGUGAACGCGGGGUCAAGGUGGUAGGUGAGUGGCCCCUUGGCUUGAGGAGGCCUGGGCACUUACUGCUUCUCUCGUGGCCCAGAUGACGCCAUGGUGGAGACUGCUGAGGAGGCGAAGGAGCCUGCUGAGGCCGACAUCAACGAGCUGUGUCGGGACAUGUUCUCGAAGAUGGCCACUUACCUGACUGGGGAGCUGACGGCCACCAGUGAAGAUUAUAAGCUUCUGGAAAAUAUGAAUAAACUAACCAGCUUGAAGUAUCUUGAAAUGAAAGAUAUUGCUAUAAACAUUAGUAGGAACCUAACGGACUUAAACCAGAAGUAUGCUGGACUGCAGCCUUACCUGGAUCAGAUCAAUUUAAUUGAGGAGCAGGUAGCAGCUCUUGAGCAGGCAGCCUACAAGUUGGAUGCAUAUUCCAAAAAACUGGAAGCCAAGUACAAGAAGCUGGAGAAGCGAUGAAAAACCUAUUCCUGUGGGACAGUCUGUGUUUUUAACCGUUUAAGAAUGUAUACACUUUGAAGCCUGGGGCUGACGGAAAUGUCAAAGCCCCUCAGAAGGAGAUGAUGCUGGAACAUCCCAACACUGGAGUAAACUGGAGGACUGGGUCUACUCCUGAACUUCCCUUGAGGCAGCGUCCUUCAGAAACGCACACUCUUACUCCUCACCUUCUACUUGAAUGCUUUCCCAUCCGUUCAGAACAGACUCGAAGUUCAGAAUAAACCUGGGCUUGCCAGUAUGAUCAAAUGAAAGGACCUGUUUUCUCUGGUAGUGAUUGUUUGUUAUUUUCUUAAAUGGCUGAUCUUUACGUUACGGUGUAAAUGGUUUUUGCUAUUAAUAAUGCUAAUGUAUUGUUAAGAAUCUAAAUUAAAAAAAGGAAAAUAAAGCAAACAUGUCUUUUGCAACUGA